UUUAACAUCUUCCACAAUGAUUCUCUGUUCAGAAAGAUAUUUUCAUUCAAACUACACAGUUGUUCUGCAAAAUAUAUUGCAAUCCAGUAUGAAUAUUAUAAAUUUUUAUGUUUAUUUUGUCAUUUAUUCAUUUCCAAAUAUCAUUUUUGGACAACGUACUAGUUUAGAUUCAAUUGAAAAUAUAAAAAUUUUAAGAGCAGUUAAAGAUUUUACUUUGAGCUUUUUAGGAUCUACUGGAAAAAAAGAGAGUAGAGAAUACAAAGAUGGUGUUGACAAAUCACGAGUUCAAGAACAAAUUCCAGAAAAUAUUAAUUUUCCUUGCAACGUAACUGAUGGUAGAUCAAAGAUUGUACCAACAUCAGUAAACCGUCUUAGACCGGGUGACAUUGACAUCGUUGGAGCACUUGGUGAUUCACUAACAGCUGGAUUUGGUGUAUUUUCAACAUCAAUUUUUAAUAUAUUUAUUGAAAAUCGUGGUGUAUCAUUUCCCAUUGGCGGACAAGAUACAUGGAGAAAUGUUUUGACUCUUCCAAAUAUUCUCAAGGAAUUUAAUCCAAAUCUUUAUGGCUUUUCACUUGGUGAUUCAUACUCUCAUCAUGAAAAAACAAAAUUUAAUAUUGCCGAAGUUGGAGCAAUGUCCAGGGAUUUACCAUUUAUGGCAAAACUUAUUGUUAGAAAAAUGAAAAAUGAUCCAAAAGUUAAUAUUAAACAACACUGGAAACAUAUUAAUAUAUUCAUAGGUAGUAAUGAUUUUUGCUCUGAAAUAUGUUGGGUAAAAAAUCCAUGGCAAGUGUUAAAAAAUCAUAAAAUCGAAAUGAUUGAAACAUUAAGAAUAUUGAGAGAUAAUUUACCAAGGACAAUUGUUUCAAUAAUACCAUCACCAAAUCUAAAAGUCUUGGUAGAAAUGAAGGGCAGAUCAAAAAUUUGCGAAAUGACUGUUAGCAUGGAAUGUUCAUGUCUCAUUGGACUCACAUGGAGAAAGCAACGAAAUGAAUUUUACAAUCUUAUGACAAGAUGGCAGGAGUUUGAUGAACAAGUUGCAAAUUUCGAUGAAUUUCAUCGUGAUGAUUUUGCUGUUAUUGCACAGCCAUUAUCAACAAAUGUUAAAUAUCCAACAUUAUCAAAUGGAAUGACUGAUUUUAGAUAUUUAUCAAGUGAUUGUUUUCAUUUCAGUCAAAUUGCUAAUGCAAGAACUGCAAUAUCAUUGUGGAGAAAUAUGCUAGAACCAACAAAUAAUAAAUCACGAUUAUGGACAGAUGAAGGACCAUUUCCCUGUCCAACUGAAAAACGACCUUAUAUUGCAACACCUCAAAAUUCAAUCAAAUUUCAAUGACCUAUUUUUAUUUCUUUUGUUUCAAUUAAAAGUUCAUAAAUUUAUACUUAAAUUUUAAUUACCAAGAUA